GAGUGCCUGAUUUGCAACCUUAACUUUCUUCAAUAUAGUUUUUGUGUGUGAUCUGUAUACACAGUAGGUGGGCUUCAUCAUAUUCCCUACCCUCUGAGGUAUACUCCAGAAAAGUCACCUCUUUAACAACUCUUUAAACAUGCCACAUUAUAAUUGCAGUCACAGACUACUGUGAUAUACUCUGAAUGCCUAACCAUGUAUUGUUUCUCUCGUGUCACUAAAACAAUCUCUUUUUCUCUAGCCAAACCAGUUUAGACCUUAGGUUUGCCGUGCCUAACUCUUUAAUAGCUACUGAUUGGUGAAUUUCUUCUAUUCCCCCUCACCCUGGAGUCCCUGUUUUAAGGGCACACAGUGAGACAGCUGUCUCUGCUGCAUUCAUGCAGGUUCUGAUUACUGUGCAUGCUAUUGAUGUUGAGCUCCUGUCAUGACCCAACACUCCAUAGGAGGAGCAAAUGAGCUGAGACGUCAAGGCAAAAAAUUAUAGCCAUGCGAGCUAUCCCUGGACUCAGCUGCUUUUGGAGCACAUACAUGGCUAGUGUGACAGCAACAGCACACAGAAGCAGCAAUGAAAUGCAGUUAGCAGUGCAGCUGGGAGACAAGCAGGCAGGCACGGGUCCAGUUUCUAAAAUGAUCCUCUCGUAAGCUAGUCUUCAGUGCCUCCAAAAGUGGUUGACUUCUGCAAAGCAGCCCAGCUUUUCUUCGCAAAUACUCUGUGGUGUAACUCAGCUUCUCUUGGUGACUGCAGUGUUUUGUUGUUGUUUUUUUCUUCCCCUCUGUGGCCUUUUCUCCAGGAUGGCGGAGGCAGAAUUGCACAAGGAAAGGCUGCAAGCCAUAGCAGAAAAAAGGAAAAGGCAGACAGAAAUAGAAGGCAAAAGACAACAGCUUGAAGACCAGAUUCUUCAACUACAUCAUUUCAAGUCCAAAGCACUUCGAGAAAAAUGCGCAGAAGAAGAAGAGGCCAGACGGAGGCAGUCAGAAGAGGAUGAGUUCAAAGUGAAAAAGCUUGAAGACAACAUCCAUAGGCUGGAACAAGAAAUAGAGAAGCUCGAAAGUGAAGAAUCCCAGAUAUCUGCCAAAGAGCAAAUCAUCUUGGAGAAACUGAAGGAGACGGAGAAAUCCUUUGAGGACUUCCAAAAGAGCUUCUCGCACCAGGAUGGUGAUGCAGUAAAUUACAUUUACUCCCAGAUCCCCGAAUUCCCAACCUUCUAUUCACGUCCAACAGAGCCAGUUCCUGGGAGGGACGGAUCAAACCGGGUUACUGCUUUGCACGCCAUGGAAAUUAAUGUGGAGAAAGACAAACAGACCAGAGAGACCAAGAUUCUCUCUGCAUCACCCAUUGGCCAAGAGGGGGCCCAUCAAAGAAGAUUCAAAGUCUGUGAUGAUGGUACCAAGGUAGUCUAUGAGGUUCACGCUGGAAACACAGUGGUAGAAAAUGGAGUCCACAAAUUAAGCUCAAAGGAUGUAGAUGAACUUGUACAGAAAGCUGGACAAUCAAGUGUAAGAGAAAAGACUGUGUCUGCCAGGAAUGUGAUAGCAGAUGGAAACCUUGCCCAUGUGAAGGAACAAAUGCUCUUCAAAGAGGCAAAACUAGAAAUGGUACAUAAACCUAUCAAAGGGAAUUCUGGGAAUCCUCAACACCAAGCAAAAAUCUCUGGAGAUGAAGUCCGGGAGGCCAGCAUGGAUCAACCUGUGACAAUGAUUUUUAUGGGUUACCAAAACAUUGAUGAUGAAGAGGAGACAAAAAAAGUGUUGGGCUAUGAUGAAACUAUCAAGGCAGAACUGGUCCUCAUCGAUGAAGACGAUGAGAAGUCCUUGCGUGAGAAGACAGUGACUGAUGUAUCCACCAUGGAUGGAAAUGCAGCCGAACUGGUCUCCGGAAGGCCUAUGUCUGACACAACAGAGCCCUCCUCGCCAGAGGGGAAGGAAGAAAGUCUGCCCAUGGAGCCAGUCCCAGGUACAGAAAAGAAAAAGCGCUGUCAAUGCUGUAUUAUCAUGUGACCACUUCUUCCUUCCUUGUUCUGAGAAACACCUGCUCCAUCACUUACUUUGACCUCAUGGUACUUCUACCUGCAAUACUGUGAACUGGAAGUGAAUGCCUAUUGCCUUGCUGAUGGGUUGCUUUGAUUUCUAGUUCUUCAGGAAGAUUCACACACGAAUAUGAUUUUCUCACCAAACAUGUUGAUUUUUUUUUCCAGUUUUUAGAGUAAGAGAAAACGGGGACGUGAACAAAUGCUUUCAUAUUUAUUUGAUUUUAUAUAAAAAUAUAUAUAUAAAGAAAACACUUUUUAUAUUUUACUUUAAGAAUCUGGCAGUUAUGAUCAUAUUCCCAGUGUUUUGUGGGAGUUUGAAUUUCACAGUAGCCAGGUAUGAGAGCCUUAAAAGAAUCAUGUUUUAACAUUGUUUUAUAGAUUUUUUUUUUUGGAUGGAGGGAAAAUAGAUGAUUUUAUCAUUUUAAUUUGCUAAAACCCAGACACACCUGUCUCCAAAUGUUUGCAUAAUUUUGUUUUAUAUUAACUUUGGAGUUCCUUUUGUGGCAUCAAAAAAAUGCCAUAGGCUAUUUCUGCUUAUUGGUAAAACCAAAAGUGGACCUUAAUUAUUCUUUCUAUCAAAUCACAAAUGAUGAUUUUUGCCUUACAUAAAUCUUCCAGAUUACAGUAUUGUGCAUCUACUUCAUCUCUUUAAAUUACAGUGGAAAUUACCUUGACAUCAAAAAUAUCCAGCUGUCAUCACAAGUGAACUGUAGUUACUGGUUUAAUUACUUGCCUUUCAGUAACUCUGCCUAUGUUUAUUGAUGAGAUUUUUCUGCUGAGCACCGGCAUAUGAGAGAUACUAGUUUUCUGUUUCCUUCAGACAUGAAGCAUUUUACUGUCUGAUCUUGCUCCCAGUGAAGUGAGUGGCAAAACACCCACUGACCUCAAUGGGAGAAGGUGCAGGUUUUCACUGUGUCCUUCCUGUCAAAGAAGCAUUUCUUGAUACUUGUACUCAAGAUAAACGUAUACACUUCUAAACCUAGCACCUGACCCUCCCAUCCAUACUCAGGCAAAGCUUCCAUGGAAACACAUUGGAGUGUUACUUGAGUAGAUAUUUCAGAAGGCAGGAUUAUGUUGAUUACGCCAAGAUUUCCCAAAGUGACUAGUGCUUUUGGAUGCCUCAUUUUUUUGGGAGGGGGGGAGGGAGUAGUCCGCUUAAUUCGAGGCACCUUAGAUCAGCUUGAUUUUCAAAAAAAUUUCCCUUGCCCUCUGAAAAUUCAGACCCUUCUCAAGCAUCUCAAAUAGAAAAUCCCAAAUGCUGAAGCAUCCAAAAUCAUUAAUUGGUUCUCAAAGUCUUGGCUUUUCGAUUCUACUGCUGUAUCUAUAGUGGAAAAAUCCACUUUUUCAUGGCAAAACUAUGGCCCUGGUUCAAACCUUAGUUACACUGGUUUUACACCAGUGUAACUUGAUUGACUUCAGGGGCACUAGCCCAGUACAAGUGAGAUCAAAAGCAGCACCUAUAAUUUUUGGCGGUAAAAUAUUUUCACUCUUGAUAAUUAUGUCACCAGACAUCCCCCCACAAAAAGAAGGGAAAAAAAGGAAGAAAAGGGAAAAAGGAAAAACAAACACACACAAAAACCGACUUUUUUCUGAGCCGUGGUGGCUUCUAUGACGUUUCUACUCUUUCUUGGAUGGUGUUUUUACUGCAUUAACAUCUGAUUAAACAGUUCUUGCUCUGAACUCUUUUCUUUCUGUGCCAGUAAGAUGCACUUGUUUGUGGUAACUAUUUUAUGAGACAUAUUAGAAAAAGGAAAAGAAAGGAAAAGGAAAAAGAGACUUCUUAUGCUAGACCAGUUAGCCAUUAAUGGCAAUCCUCUUAUGUAACCUUUUACUGUUAUCCUGUCAACCCUUAGUGAAAGGUAAAUGAGGACUAGAAAAAGACAGCCACCACACAGCCACCAAUGCAUGUCGCCUGCUGAAAUCAGACUAGCUGACACAUUCACUACUGGUAUUGGGAAUAUACCACAGGCCUGAUGUAAAGUUCAUUGGACUCCCAUUGAGCAUACACAUCACAACCUAAUUGAAUUGUUGGAAUUCUGCAAAGUAUUACUCUAGAUUUCCAACAUUUUUAUCAGGAAAAAAAGUUGUGGGCUGAUCCCAUGCUUGCAUGCUUGCUAACCUUUCCGUCCUGUGACCCUUGUGUAGCCUUGUUUUUUAGAGUUGCUGAUACUUCUCAAGCCUCACCCAGACUAGGGAUGUAAUAGUGUAGUCAAUUAACAGAUUAACCAGUAAGCAAAAGCUUAUAGGU